GAUCUAGGAGAGCAUUUGGAAUAAAUUCAAAAAAUAUUAUAGCUUUAGUUUCAAAUCGAGAUAAUAUAGAUUAUACAGCGGAUGAACCUGUAGAUUUGAUAUUCAACGAUGUCAAGAAAUUAAAUGGAAAUCAUUGGAGAAUUCUAGACAAUAAUGAAUUUGCAUUACUUCAACCUUUUCGUAAAGAUUUCAUACGAGGUACAGUAUAA